AUGUCAACCAAUACUCCUGAAGAAUUGCCCAAUUGUGAACAAUGUUCUCAGCAAUAUAAUCUUUUUCGGCGAAGAAAACAAUGCCAACUAUGUGGACAAACAUUUUGUUCCAAAUGUACAUCGAAAUCUAUACCUUCAACUAAAAAACGUGCUUGUCCAAUUUGUUUAUUGAUUAUUAAUGAUCGUACUACUCAUGAGCAGUUAGGAUCUAUUCGUAUCAAACAUCUUCGCGCAUAUUUAAUCUAUUCGAAAAUAAUCACCUCGAAUCGUUUAUUAGAAUCAUGCUUUGAAAAACAAGAUUUAAUCAAUUUAAUUCAAUCGAGAAAACAACAAACACCCGAUGAAACAUAUGUUUUUGUCCAAAGACCGAAUGAAGAUAUACCAGCACCUACCCCUACGAUAGAAAUUCCAAAUAAUGUUCAACCACAGCCUGAGUCAGUUCCUGAACCAUUGCCUUCGCCACCACCUUCUAUGCCAAUUCCUUCAUCAUCAAAGAUUGCGUCAACUCGGAAAACAUUAGCUGACUUGUCAUCAUUAGAAUCGAUUCAAGAAUUAACUGUUGGUCAAUUAAAAGAUGUUCUAAAUCAAAAUUUUGUUUCAUAUAAAGGAUGUGUUGAAAAGCAUGAACUCAUUGCUAAACUUCAAUUGUUAUACCGAGACAAACAACAACAGAGUGAAUCCAAUACAUCUAUAUCAAAUGGACAAUCCGAUGAAAAUCUUUGUAAAAUAUGUAUGGACGAAUCUAUUGAUUGUGUUUUUCUUGAUUGUGGUCAUUUAUGUACAUGCAUUCGAUGUGGAAAGCAAUUAUCGGAGUGUCCACUUUGUCGUUCAUAUAUCGUUCGAGUUGUCCGUGUUUUUAAGAGCUAA